AUGAAGUACCUUGCCGCGUACGCUCUUGUCAACCUUUCUGGGGAGACCCCCUCAAAGGCUGCAGUGGAGGCUGUCUUGAAGGCUGCCGGCGUGCCCGUUGACUCUUCCCGCAUCAGUACACUUUUUUCCGAGCUUGAGGGCAAGGACUUUGAUGCGUUGUGCGCUGAGGGCAAGGCAAAGCUUGUGGGAGGAGCCGCAGGUUCAAGUGGUGCUCCUGCCGGUGCUGCUGCGGGUGGUGCCGCGGCCCCCGCGCCUGCUGCUGCUGCCGCCGCCGCUGUGGAGGAUGAGGAAGACGAUGAUGACAUGGGCUUUGGUCUUUUUGAUUAA